GUGCACCGGAGGAGGAGAAGGAGGGGAUUCCUCCUCCCCGGGCUGGGUCCAGGGCUGCUGCAAUGUCGGAGGCAGCUGCGGGAGGAGGCACUGGCGGAGGCUCCAUGGUGUGUGCGGUCGCAGCGGGGAACGCGGCACCCCAGGGAUCCCCGGUUGUGGCGGGCUCCGCUGCCGGAGGAACAGCAGCAGCAACAGCAGCAGCCCGGGGAGCUGAGAGCCCGGUCGGGGGAGGUGCUGCGGCUGCACCGCUCAGGAUCGCUGCCAAGAAGGGGCAGCUGCGCUUAGCACCCCGGGCAAAGAAACUGGAGAAACUCGGAGUGUACUCUGCAUGCAAGGCAGAUGAAACCUGCAAGUGCAAUGGCUGGAAAAACCCUAACCCUCCACCUACACCACCUCGGUUGGACCUUCAGCAGACAGUGGUUAGUCUCACUGAGCCAUGUCGUAGCUGUUCUCACCCACUUGCUGCACACGUGUCACAUUUAGAGAAUGUGUCAGAAGAAGAAAUGAACAGGCUUUUGGGAAUUGUGUUAGAUGUGGAAUAUCUCUUCACUUGUGUGCACAAAGAAGAGGAUGCCGAUACCAAACAAGUGUAUUUCUACCUAUUUAAGCUUUUGAGGAAGUGUAUUCUACAGAUGGGUAAGCCUGUAGUGGAUGGAUCAUUAGAAAGCCCUCCAUUUGAAAAGCCAAGUAUAGAACAGGGUGUGAAUAAUUUUGUGCAGUAUAAAUUUAGCCACCUACCAUCAAAAGAAAGACAAACUAUUAAUGAGCUGGCAAAAAUGUUUCUGAAUCGCAUUAACUACUGGCAUCUGGAAACUCCCUCGCAAAGAAAACUGAGAUCACCCACUGAAGAUAUUGCAGAAUACAAAGUAAAUUAUACAAGGUGGCUCUGUUACUGUAAUGUCCCGCAGUUUUGUGACAGCUUACAUCGGUAUGAAACAACGCAGGUGUUUGGGCGCACCCUGCUGCGCUCUGUUUUUACAGUUAUGAGACGUCAGUUACUGGAGCAAGCCCGACAGGAAAAAGACAAACUUCCACAGGAGAAGCGGACACUUAUACUGACCCAUUUCCCAAAAUUCUUGUCUAUGUUAGAGGAAGAGGUUUAUAGUUCAAAUUCUCCAAUAUGGGAUGAGGAUUUCAUGUCAUCAUCUUCUCGAAAUAAUGAGCUUGGAAUCCAAGCAGUUAUCAGUACACCUCCUGUCGCAAGAUCUGUUGCCUACGUAGCCAGCCCCUUAUCCUUGGAACAGUCCAGCACUGGAAGUUUGAGCCCAUCUGGUAAACCCCCUGGAAGCCAAGAGACAAGCAUUGGUGACAAAAGAAAAAAUAAUGAACCGUUUAGUGGGGAAGAUCCUAAGAAGCCAAGGGUUGUAGGAGACAUUCCUAUUGAACUGAUCAAUGAAGUCAUGUCCACAAUAACAGACCCGGCUGCCAUGUUGGGUCCGGAGACUAGCUUCUUGUCUGCUAUUUCGGCCAGAGACGAGGCAGCCAGACUGGAGGAACGCAGAGGAGUCAUAGAGUUCCAUGUGGUUGGGAACUCACUAAGCCAGAAACCAAACAAAAAGAUAAUGAUUUGGCUUGUUGGCCUCCAAAAUGUUUUCUCACAUCAGCUGCCUAGGAUGCCUAAAGAAUACAUUACACGUCUUGUCUUUGAUCCGAAGCACAAAACUCUUGCUUUAAUCAAGGAUGGACGAGUAAUUGGUGGCAUAUGUUUCCGAAUGUUUCCAAGCCAAGGCUUUACCGAGAUUGUCUUUUGUGCAGUUACUUCAAAUGAGCAAGUUAAGGGCUAUGGUACUCAUUUAAUGAAUCAUUUGAAGGAAUAUCACAUUAAACAUAAUGUUUUGAAUUUCCUGACUUAUGCAGACGAAUAUGCAAUAGGUUAUUUCAAGAAACAGGGCUUUUCCAAAGACAUAAAAGUACCCAAGGCGCGUUAUGUUGGCUAUAUUAAGGAUUAUGAAGGUGCUACUUUAAUGGGGUGUGAAUUAAAUCCCAGGAUUCCUUAUACAGAGUUUUCGGUCAUCAUCAAGAAACAAAAAGAGAUUAUCAAAAAAAUGAUUGAAAGAAAACAAGCACAAAUAAGAAAGGUGUAUCCUGGGCUUUCCUGCUUUAAGGAAGGAGUAAGACAGAUUCCCAUUGAAAGCAUUCCUGGAAUUCGAGAGACAGGGUGGAAACCAAGUAUAAAAGACAGAAGUAAAGAGCCAAAAGAUCCGGAUCAGCUGUAUAAUACUUUAAAAAACAUACUACAGCAGGUGAAGAGCCAUCAAAGUGCCUGGCCCUUUAUGGAACCUGUGAAAAGAACAGAAGCACCUGGAUAUUAUGAAGUCAUACGCUUUCCCAUGGAUCUGAAAACCAUGAGUGAAAGAGUGAAGAACAGGUAUUACGUAACAAAGAAACUGUUCAUGGCGGAUCUACAGAGGAUUUUUACAAACUGCAGGGAAUACAACCCUCCCGAAAGUGAAUAUUUUAAAUGUGCAAACAUUCUUGAGAAGUUUUUCUAUACGAAAAUUAAGGAGGCUGGACUCAUUGAUAAAUAAGCAGAAAUUCAAGGUGCCUCAUAUCACUGGCUUGCCUACUAUUUGCACUUCAUCUGUAACCCAGCAUUCAUUUUUUUUAGAAACCUGCAAAUCAUCAUCUUGGUUGUUGAUCUGUGUUUUUAUUUUUAUAUUUUAUAGCAAAUGGUGCUUUGAAAUCUGUAGAUAUUACACCACAUGACAUUUGGAUAAGAAGUUGUAUAUAUUUUGAAGAACAUAUUUUGUAUAAUAGUGUAAAAAACACAGAGUGUAAACCACUAACAUUAUAACACGGGGCAAAAAGCUAGAUUAUAGUUUUGCUUAUGCCGGACAUAAGUUAAAUCGUAAUCGGAUAUUAACAUAAAUACAAAGACACUAAUGCUUGUCUUAGAGAUAUCUGCCUAUUAACAUGACAUUUUAAUGGAUAGUUUAAAUAUACACUGCCCAUGGUAUUAGUACUGUUACCAUACCAGAAAAGCUAAAAUAUGUUUUGUUAUUAUUUUAUUAAGCAUAAGAGUUUAGUAUACUGUAUAUUUCUAUUUAAAUAGAGAUUUAAUAUAAAAACGACUUAAGGUCAAUUUUCCAAGCUAUAAUGUUUUAUGUUUCUUCAAUUUAGCUUUAUACUUCAAAGAUUAAAGUAUUAUAUCAAACAAAAAAAAAAUAAGUUUGAAGUACUUUUCAUAGAUUUAUACACUGUGAUACGGUCCAUUUAAAAAAAAAAAAUUACCAAUGGAUUGUGACAGUUUAGUAUACAAACAUAUUUAUGUGUAAUCAAGGCUUCAAUUUUAUAUGUAGUGUUAUAAUUUCCCAUAGUCAAAAUCCAUGUACAUAUGUUGAUUACUAAAGCAAAA